GGGGGGGGGGGCGGAUGACCCUGCUGGCGGCGGCCGUCAGCCUCCGAGGCCACCUCUUCCGCUCGCUCGCCCACUACGAAGCGGACGGCCGCGGGGCACAGGACCUGGCCCGCGACCCGGCUCUGGGCGGCGACUUCACGGGCGUGAGGUCCAUGGAACUCCUGUGGAGCCUCACGCCGGCUGGCCCGGAGGAAUCCUGCCUCAGACAGAUGCCGAGGGGCGUCAUGAGAAGCCCCCUCAAAGUGGAGGUGACGGUCCACUCCACGCCGCGGCAGCCCCGGGAGCCGCUGGGCCGGCGCUGGACUCUGCGCAGGUUCUCCACGCCCGAACGCCACCCCACCCGCCUAAAGGCCGUCCACCUGCGGGCCGUCUUCCUGCUGCCGCCAGGAGAUGGUCCUUUUCCCAGUCUGAUAUGUUUGGUUUUGGAGGAUUAAAUGAGUCUUGAGCAAGUCUCCUUGUUUGUCAAGGUUUUGCUACUCUGGUUUUGCCAUUUUUUGGCUAUGAAGAUCUACCUCCAGUCAUGAAGGACUUAAAUUCAGAUUACUUUGAAGAUGCAGCUAAAUUUGUGCAAAGUUACCCAAAGGUGAGUGGGAUGGAAGAGAGAAAUAUAUUUAAGAUGAUCUCAUUAAAGCCAGAAGAGAAUAAAGUAAUACUAAUGUGUUGGAAAAUAAAUACCUGUUGUCUUAAUAAAUAAAAAAGAGCUAUCUGAUAAA